GGCUAAGCCGAGGCCGAAGAGUGUUCAGUUCGGCAUUGGUCAGCUAUAUUUCAAUGGAGAAACGGCCACCGCCGGAAACUAUACAAAUUCGACUGCUCUGCCCAUCAGCAAAAACCGGCGCCCUAAUAGGCAAAGGCGGUUCUGUCAUUCGACAGCUCCAGUCUCUAACUUCCACCAAAAUUCGCAUCCUCGACGAUCCUUUCGAGGAACGUAUCAUCCAAAUUGUCGCCGAUAGCAAACCUCUGGUUUCUAAUAAUGCCGAUAACCCAAACGUAUCAUCCAAUGCGGAGACGAAGCAAGAUUUAAUCGAAGAUGGAUGCAAUUCUGCGUCGGGAGGGGGAGGAGGAAGAGAUGUUGGUGGUGGGGAAGAGGAAACUACUUCGUCUUGGUCGCCGUUGCAGAAGGCGGUGGUUAGGGUUUUCGAGAGAAUAGUGAAAGGGGACGCUGCUGAUGACAAAGAAACAGAAAAAGAAAGCGAAAAUCUGGUCGCUUGUUGCAGGAUGCUAUUGGCGUAUAAUCAGGCUGCGUGUUUAUUGGGGAGAGAGAGUUGGUUCUUAGAGAAGACUGGGCAUGAAAAUGGGACUCAAAUUAGGGUUUUGACUAGAGACCAGAUUCUACCAUGUGCUGCUCCAGGGGAUGAGCUGCUUCAGAUUACAGGCAACUUUUCGGCUGUAAAGAAAGCACUUUUUUCUAUUUCAAGUUUUCUUCAAGAAAAUUGUACACAUUCUCAGCUGGAUCAAUUUACUCCAUGGGGUUAUACAUCCGGUCGUCAUGCUGCAGACUACAAUUCAAGGAGUUACCCUUCUAAUCCAGAGCAUGAGAAUGCUGUCCACAACAGAGCAGGAUUUGAAGAGGAAGUUGUAUUUAAAUUGUUAUGCCAAGCUGAUAAGGUUGGUAGUUUGAUAGGAAAAGGUGGCUCUGUGGUACGGGCUUUGCAGUGUGAAACUGGUGCAGGGAUAAAGAUUGCUGAUACUUCUCAUGAUUCAGAAGAGCGGAUUGUAGUUAUAUCUGCACGAGAGCAUAUAGAGCAAAGAUUCUCUUCGGCCCAAGACGCUGUUGUUCGAGUGCAAUCUAGAAUUGCUGAGAUUGGAUUUGAACCUGGUGCUGCAAUUGUUGCUCGUCUUCUUGUACCUUCACAACAUAUUGGUUAUUUGCUGGGUAAAGGAGGUCAUAUUGUAAAUGAAAUGAGAAGAGCUACUGGUGCUAAUAUAAGGGUAUCUUCAGAAGAACAACUUUCAAAGAGUGUUGAAUCCCAAAAUGAGGAAGUUGUACAGGUCAGUGGUAGUUUACAAUCAGUUCAGGAUGCAUUGUUUCAUAUCACAGGCAGGCUUCGGGAGUCCAUAUUCCCAAUGAAACCUCCUUUUCCCGGUGUUAAUCCUCCUCUCUACUUACCUCCUUUCCCUGAAAUGCCACCUCCGUUAUUCAGGCCAAGACAUAACCAUGCCUCUCCAUGUCCCUAUCCUUCCCACUGUGGACCUUUUCAUGGCAUGGAUGCUUCUGCUGGUCCUCCCCAACCACUUGAACACCAACCACCAUUUACACAUGGUAUGGACCACUUGGGUCCCUCUAACUUAGACCGCGCUCCGUAUCCCUAUGGUGGUGACAUACAUGGGCAUGGACCCAUGUUUUACAGGCCAUCUUCUCCAGGAUCGUGGACUCCUCAUGCUGCUAUGCCUAGGGGAGUCUAUGAUGCUGGUCCUGGCUUUGUUGCUAGAAAUGGACGUCUAGGAAGUGGGAAUCAAGCACCCAUUUUGACCAACACAAAGGUUGAGAUAGUGAUUCCUCAAAUAUACUUAUGCCAUGUUUAUGGGGAGAGUAAUAGUAACCUGGGCCACAUCAGGCAGAUUUCUGGAGCAAAUGUGGCUAUUCAUGACCCAAAGCCAGGAGGUGCUGAGGGUUUAGUUGUUGUCUCCGGAACAUGGGAACAGUUACGUACUGCACAAAGCCUCAUUCAAGCCUUUAUCCUUUGUGGACAAACUGCAGCUUGACUAUCUGUUUCAUAUGUUCUUCUGGCAGGUUCUCUGCUAGAGGCUUUGGUAAUAGGAGAAUUUCCUCCUUCGCUUGUGGGGUUAAAAUUAGGUUUGACAAAAUGAUGAAAGUUUAAAUGCGGAUUUUUUUAUGAUAGUCUAGAACCCUCAUUUUAAGCACUGUACGUUUUAGCUGAAAAAUGAAGUGUGAUGCUCAAAUCAGAUGGGACAAACGGUAGAGUUGAGUUAU